CCAUCGCCCCCUGUCUCGUUCCAGUCCCUCGGGCCUUUCUCCUGUUCCGUCGCGGGUUCCCCGUCCCGGUGGGCGGCGGUGCAGACCGUUGAUGUGAGGCGGCGGCGGCCCGGCUGGACUCGGCGGCGGGGCGCGGAUGGCGGCGGGGGCUGGCGCGGCGGCCGGGGGCCGCAGCUUCUCUUUCAAGGUGGUGCUGCUCGGGGAGGGCUGCGUGGGGAAAACCUCUCUGGUGCUGCGCUACUGCGAGAACAAGUUCAACGACAAGCACAUCACCACCCUGCAGGCAUCUUUUCUUACAAAGAAGCUAAAUAUUGGUGGAAAAAGAGUAAACCUUGCAAUAUGGGAUACAGCUGGUCAAGAAAGAUUUCAUGCAUUGGGGCCGAUCUACUACAGGGAUUCUAAUGGUGCCAUUCUAGUAUAUGAUAUAACAGAUGAAGACUCUUUUCAAAAGGUAAAAAAUUGGGUUAAAGAAUUAAGAAAAAUGUUGGGAAAUGAGAUCUGUUUAUGUAUAGUAGGUAACAAAAUAGACUUGGAAAAAGAGAGACAUGUUUCAGUGCAAGAAGCAGAAACGUAUGCUGAAUCUGUUGGAGCAAAACAUUAUCAUACUUCAGCUAAACAGAACAAAGGAAUUGAAGAACUGUUCCUUGACCUUUGUAAAAGAAUGAUAGAAACUGCUCAAGUGGAUGAAAGAGCAAGAGGCAAUGGCUCCAGCCAGUCAGGAAUAGCAAGGCGAGGUGUACAGAUCAUUGAUGAUGAGCCACAAGUACAGAGCAGUGGAGGGUGCUGUUCUUCUGGAUAAUUAUAAAACUGUGCAUCACUGCCCUCUCAAUAUGAAGACUGCCAUAUUCCAAGUCACCCGUUCUUUACCAAUGGAGUAAUAGAAUUAACAGUAUUUAAAAGUAAUCACAUGUAACACUGCAGAGACCUUAAGUGCUAAACUAGUGGCAUCUGUGACCAGAGAAUUGGCAUUUUCUACAGUGGUUAACAAAGCAAUUACCAAUGGCCUUUAUACAUAUUUUUCGUUAAUGAGGAAUAAUAUGCAUGUAGAAAAGACCUACUUAAAGGCUUCAUUUAUAUUCUUUUAAAUCAGAUCAUUAUUUAAUAACUUAUAUACAUUGUUGUUGGAAUGGUAUACGUUUUGCAGCUCUUUGUAUUUUGUGGUAGGUUGAAUUGUAUCACUUCUAAAAUGCAAACUGAUUUUUUUUAAAUUAGCAGAUAUCUGAAGUAAUAUUUUUGCAGGGCCUCCACAAGCCUAUAACUGUCAACUACUUUGAUAUAUUCUGUUCAUCCUGUAUGCCAAGCUGGUAAAAUACAUUGUAAAUUACAUAUUAAAUAUUUUAUCUGCUUU